AUGGAAAAUAACAUAAGAGAAGACAUAAAGAAUGAUUAUGGCAUUGACCUGACAUAUGGAAAAGCUUGGAGAUGUCGAGAGAAGGAUCUUACGUAUGUCAGGGGGACACUUGAAGCGUCCUACCAAAAGUUAUUGUCAUACAUGUUCACACUCAAACAAAAAAAUCCUGGGAAGCAUAAGUUCCAUGUAUUAGAUGGUGACUUAAAUGGUGAAGUCGACAUCUUGAAUAAGACAUGCACAUGUGGUGUGUUUCAGAUCACUGGUAUUCCAUGUGUUUAUGAACUAUCUGAAAUCCUUAAAAGAGGGGUCAACUUUUAUUCUCUGUGUUCAGAAUACUAUAAGAUUGAGACAUGGAGGUCAUCUUAUACAAAAACUAUAUACCCUUAUGGUAAUGAGGAAGAAUGGAUUGUUCACAUGACAUCAAAACAAUAA